CAGCCUCCUGGGGAUGGUUUUGGGGGGGGGGGGGGCGUCUCCCCAAACCUGUGUGCUCCUGUCCCUCCAAACGUGCUGCCUCGCCUUGGGCCUGCCCGGCCGGGGCACCCCCGUCCCUGCCCAUCCCGCACCCACCCUGGGGUGCUGCUGGGCACCCCUUCCCUGCGCCCCUGCCCAGCGCAGGGCGCUGCCGGGCACCUCUUGGGGCACCUUGGGGUGCUCCCGAGCACCCCUGCCCACCCCAGGAUGCUCCUGCCCACCCCGCGCUCCAGGGCGCUCGCCGCUCCGGUGCUUUGAUCCCACGCUCGUUCCCAAGGGAUUUGCACCGUUUUUCACCGUUUUCCACCAUUUUCCCCCCGUUUUUCCCCGUUUUUCACCGUUUUCCCCCGCUCCCCUCUGCCCCGUGACGUCACUCCCCGUCCCGGCAUCACCCUCCCCUGUUCCUCCCGCCCAGUGGCGGCGCUGCCGGAAGGGGCUGGGCGGCGGGUGAGCGGCACUUCCGGGCGAGCGGCGAGGGGAGCCAUGAGCUGGAUACCGUUCAAGAUCGGGCAGCCCAAGAAACAGAUUGUACCCAAGACAGUGGAGAGAGACUUUGAAAGGGAAUAUGGCAAGCUCCAGCAAUUGGAAGAUCAGACCAAAAAACUUCAGAAGGAUAUGAAGAAAAGCACAGAUGCAGACUUGGCCAUGUCCAAGUCAGCUGUGAAAAUCUCCUCAGACCUGCUGUCUAACCCGCUGUGUGAGCAGGAGCCCAGCUUCCUGGAGAUGGUCACAGCCUUCGACACAGCGAUGAAGAGGAUGGACUCUUUCAACCAGGAGAAGGUGAAUCAGAUCCAAAAGACAGUCAUAGAGCCUUUGAAAAAGUUCAGCAGCGUGUUCCCCAGCCUGAACAUGGCCGUGAAGCGCCGGGAGCAGACGCUGCAGGACUACAAGCGCCUCCAGUCCAAGGUGGAGAAGUACGAGGAGAAAGAGAGGACCGGCCCUGUCCUUGCCAAGCUGCACCAGGCCCGUGAGGAGCUGAGGCCGGUGAAGGAGGACUUUGAAGCCAAGAACAAGCAGCUCCUGGAGGAAAUGCCCAAGUUCUACAGCAGCCGCAUCGACUACUUCAAACCCAGCUUCGAGUCGCUGGUCCGGGCUCAGGUUGUCUAUUACACGGAGAUGCACAAGAUCUUUGGGGACCUGACGGCGCAGAUCGACCGGCCCGGGCUGAGCGACGAGCAGCGGGAGCGGGAGAACGACGCCAAGCUCAGCGAGCUCAGGGCUCUCUCCAUCGUGGCCGAUGACUGAGCAGGGGCUGGGGCCUCCCCCCAGCUCCCCACCUCCUCCCGCCCAGGGAUGGACUCGGGGGGUUUAAACCCUUUGCCCCCAUGGCUCUGCCAGCACCAGGUAUUGCCUGGGGAUGGGGUGGGGGGCACAGCGGGGCUGCCCCUGCCCCGUUUCCAAAGGCAGCAUCUGGACUAUGGGUGCUGUAAGGAUUUGCCUCAUAAAGGGGAGGUGGAAGUGGGGAGCAGGCUGGGUGCUGCCGGCCUUGCCCAGGCACCCACUUGCUGCUGCACCCGCACAGAGCACUGGGUGCCUGGGCCAGAGCCAGCCCCGCUCCUUCCCUGUGAGGCAAGAGGAUGGGGGCAUCCUGCACCCUGCGCUUUGUGCCUUAGGGGAGAGGAAAAGCAUUUUAAUCCCGUGCUUCAAGGCAUGGGGAGAGGGUGAUGAAAGCUCCGCGCUUCCCAUGCCCAGCACCAAGCGAUGCUGCACUCCCGCGUUGCUGUUUUAAGCAGGAAUGGUGCAAAGUGCCUCUGCCCCAUAGCUAUGGGGUGCAGGGGGUGCACAUCAGCACAGCCAUGGGUGCCCACUGAGGGGUACGGAGGACCCCAGGAAACAGGGAUGCAAAAGGGAAAUGCAGCCCAGGCAGGGGCAGACCCAGGGAGGGGCAUGCAGAGGGGUGUGAUGGGGUCCCAGAGUCACCCCUUGGUGCUGGGGGGGGACAGGGGUGUCUCCAAUAAAGUUCUUGGCAGCA